CAUCGGCGGCUUUACGCCUGACGAUGGAGCCGACCUGACCGUCUAGUAAUGUAGAGCCAGGAAGCCGCGCCGACAGCCUGCCGUGUCCGCCGCCUUGUUGACAUUGAUGCGUCCCGUGGGUCCGUGUCCACCGCGGGCUGCGGGAAUGUGGACGCCGACACAGAGACACGCACCGCCCGAGCUUCUGGCGUCGCUACCGGCGGCGGCGAGCAUGAUGAUGAUGAUAAUAAUGAUGGUGCGGUCCUGUUGUUUUCUCCGACUCUGAAACGCCGCAUCCCAAACAAACAAUAACAACAAAUAAACAAACCGAUAAACGAGACGAGCAUCGCCCGACUUUCAAAAUGAGGCUCUUCGUGCGUCUGCUGAAAAACGCCAACCCCAAAAUCGAGUAUUACUCCCGGUUCUCGCCGUCCCCGCUCUCCAUCAAGCAGUUCCUGGAUUUUGGCAGAGAGAAUGCAUGUGAGAAAACAUCCUACAUGUUCCUGCGUAAGGAGCUGCCGGUUCGGCUUGCCAACACCAUGAGAGAGGUCAACCUGCUGCCGGAUAAGCUGCUCGGCCAGCCCUCCGUCAGGCUGGUCCAGAAGUGGUACAUGCAGAGCUUCGUGGAGCUGCUGGACUUCGAGAACAGGAAGCCGGAGGACCCUCACACUCUGAAUGAUUUCCUGGAGAUCUUGAUCGACAUCCGAAACCGUCACAACGACGUUGUUCCCACCAUGGCUCAGGGGGUCAUCGAGUACAAGGAGAAGUUUGGCUUCGACCCCUUCAUCAGCAGCAACAUCCAGUAUUUUCUCGACCGCUUUUACACCAACCGCAUCUCUUUCCGCAUGCUCAUCAACCAGCACACUCUGCUGUUCGGUAACGACACCAACCCCGCCCAUCCCAAGCACAUCGGCAGCAUCGACCCCAACUGCAACGUGGCUGAAGUCGUUAGUGAUGCCUAUGACACGGCUAAGAUGUUGUGUGAGAAGUACUACUUGGCUGCGCCCGAGCUCAAGAUUGAGGAGUUUAACAUGAAAGCUCAGAAAAAGCCCAUCCAGGCGGUGUACGUGCCGUCGCAUCUGUUCCACAUGCUGUUCGAGCUCUUCAAGAACUCGAUGAGAGCGACGGUGGAGCUCUAUGAAAACAGCAACGAAGGUCUGCCACCAGUAAAGGCACGAGUCACUCUGGGUAAAGAGGAUCUGUCAAUAAAGAUCAGUGACAAAGGAGGAGGAGUUCCUCUGAGGAAGAUAGACCGUCUCUUUAACUACAUGUACUCCACUGCCCCGACACCCAGCCUGGAGCCAGGAGCCGUCCCACUGGCUGGUUUUGGUUACGGUUUGCCGAUUUCCCGGCUCUACGCUCGAUACUUCCAGGGGGACCUGAAGCUCUACUCCAUGGAGGGGGUGGGCACGGAUGCUGUCAUCUAUCUGAAGGCUCUUUCCAGUGAGUCGUUUGAGCGCCUCCCCGUGUUCAACAAGUCAGCUUGGCGACACUACAAGACCACGCCCGAGGCGGACGACUGGAGCAACCCGAGCAAGGAGCCCCGUGAUGCCAGCAAGUCCACAUACAAAGCCAACAGAUAACUCUGCUUGGCUUUCUCUGCAACCCGCCUGCUGGGAGCCAAAAUGGCUGCUCUCUGUGUGGAGCAUGAACGCUAAAAUGUUGCCCGUGGCUAAUAGCUUAGCUUAGGAUGAGACUUGGUUUUACAUUCCCGCCGGUGGAAAGGAUUGUUAGGGUGUUGCGACCUGGAUUUAAAUCUGCACCCAACUGCAAUAACUUUCUUUAGCGUAGCUUUUGUUGUCGUGGCUCAGAGCAGAGUUCAACAAAAAUCCUCCUAAAAAAGUAUCUAACCCCAGCUGUAAACUCUUAACAGCUUCUGUGGCAUAAUUUCCUCUAGUUAAAUCCACCGCAUCACUGCCAUCUUUCCCUCUUGUCUCAUGCAGUUUUCCGACCAAGCGGUUGCUCCCUGUGGCUUGAUAAGCCAUGCUCUGCUGAGUGAGUCUCUUCCUCAGCAUCAGUAAAGGCUUUUAUUCUGUUUCUUUCUCUCAAAACGCAGGUUGAGUCGGGGUGGGUGGGAUGGGUUACGGUGCAAAUGAGGAAAGGGGGUUUAAUUUCUUUACUUCGUGAGAAACCUUUGAUUAAAUGCACCACUAGGCCAGUUUGUUAUUACUGUGGCAAACAUUUGUCUUGAUUGCACUUUUUAAAGAUUUAGUCAGGGUUAAAUGUUGAAAAUAUUUAUUAGUUGGAAAAUGAUAGCACCUUUUUUUUUUUUGGAGGGAAUAAAAGAAGUGAACAGGCAGUGUUUCAAAGAGUAGACCUUAUAUUUAAAGCUCUAAAAGUGAGGACAUUUGUGUUGUAUUUAUGAAAGAAAGCCUUAUUUCUGGAAACUUAAGGUAUGUUUGGUGUUUUUAGAACUCUGCCUUCAAGGCUCUACUGGAACUUGAACAAUUUUAAAGGGAGGUGAUAUAUAUAACAGUAGCUAGAAUAUAUUUGACUUAUUUUUCUUUAUUCUCAAAGAUUACACAGCCACAGACCAAUUAAAAGUACUAAUCCUCUUCAGACACUCCUGCUUGCAAGCCUGAUGUGGCGACUAGUAAAUGGACCAAAUGAGGCAUGUAUGCGAUACGCCACCAUCCCAGCAUCGUGCGCUGAGUAGCUUUACCAACACCAGCAAGAUGUAACAUAGUGAUGUUGAUGGAAACGAAUGGACCUGUGGCGUCUGAGCAGGGGAUGCUGUUCUGCACGUCUUCAUUUCAUGCUGCUGUGGAGGAUAAAUAACACGCUCACUGCUUGGACCUGUUAUCCUAACUCAGCUUUUGGUGUCAUCCAGUCAGCCUUGUGUUUCACUUGAAUGACCGUCUUCUGAAUGAGUUUGAACAAAAUUUGUCAAUUUCAAACAUACUUUUGUUUUUUGUUUUGUUUUUUUACAAUGAGUUAAAUAAGUGAAAUAGAAGUUGCAGCCUGAGAGCUGACAGUUUUUUCCUCGGUUGAUUGGUUUGUAUGAUAUUUUAGUGAUAAUUUGAACGACUAGUUUAUGUACCAUUAUUAAAAAAAAAAAAAA